GGGCGGGCCGGAGAGGAGGGAGAGGUCUUGCCUCUUGUCUCGCUGAGGCUCUUUGAUUCAGUGGCACUGGCUGAGACGUCCCCGUUACCGGCCACCGUUCACCAGCGUAACAGCUUCGACCGUGCGCAUGGUGAAGAUCUCCCUGGAGAACAUCGCGUCUUCAUUUCGUCUCCGCGGACGAAAUUAAAGAAGACAUUUUGACCCAAAGCAGAACUUUUAUACGAAAGCACGAUUCACGCUGGACGAUAGCACCGUCGGAAGAUGCUUUGCGUGUCCGAUGAGCGCAACACCAGCCAGUCAAAGUCCGUCACUGAGAGCCUGGCACGCAAAAAGCAGUAGCCCACCUGCGAUGAAGAAACCCUCAAGAAGCACCACGCGGUAAGAAGAGUGACGCUGAGAGGGAAAGACCGGACGGAAGAGAGUGGCGGCCAAAGAACAAACACCAGCGCGUCCUCAAAUGAUGGGGAUAAAGCACCUUCUGCUUCUUUUGAUUUACUUAGACCCGCUGAAUGUCCUGUGCGCCGCCGCCAACCCCAACAAAAAGACCAAAGCCCCGCAGAGGAGGAACCCAAAGGUGAAGGAGGUCAACGGCAGCACCACCGCCGUCCCGCCGGCCGCGGUCUUCCCCGGGAAGAUCACCCAGGUCCAGGCUCCCAGGGUCCAGCACGACACCUGCCUGGGCUACUACGACGUGAGCGGGCAGUACGACAAGGAGUUCAGCUGCAACAACACCGACCACCGCUUCUGCUGCGGCAGCUGCUUCCUGCGCUUCUGCUGCGCGGACCGGGGGAAGCGGCUGGAGCAGAAGACCUGCACCAACUACAACACCCCGGACUGGAUCAGAACCCAGCCGCCGUCACCGGCGCCGACGGGCGACACGUACGACCCGGAACUGGACCAGACCAACACCACGGUGUACAUCACCUGCGGGGUCGUGGCGCUCGUCAUCACCAUUGGGAUUUCCGUUAAAGUUGCCUACGACAAAGCCACCAAGCCCCCUCAGGAAAUGAACGUGCACAGAGCCCUGGCAGACAUUCUGAGGCAACAAGGACCGGUUCCAAUAUCUCAGUAUGAACAUGAAAACGUUGCAGCGAUUGAUGGGUCGGCCAAAGACGAGACGCCGGUCAGAACCUCGAAGAAUCAUUACACGCCGGUUCACUCCAAGCCGCCAAACCACGGGCACUAUGGGAAAGAGAACCUGCGCGGCGGCGGCCCAGACAUGCAUAACUUCAUCUCCUCCGGGUUCGUGACACUCGGACGCGGCCACUUGAAAGCGCAGCACUCCGUAGACGAAACGGGGCAGAUGUCCUGGCAGGGCGACAUGGACCUCCCCCUCUCCUACGGAAACCAUCACCAUGACUACCAGCACAGCCACCUGGACCUGACGGCGCUCACACCUAAACUGGCCCACCGACAAAUGAGACACGAGAGACCCCAGCGGAUGAACAACAUCCUGACCUCGGCCACGGAGCCCUACGACCUGUCCCUGUCCAGGUCCUUCCAGAACCUCAGCCAUCUGCCGCCCUCCUACGAGCUGGCCCUCCAGUCUGACUUAAGUAAAUACUCCUCCUCUCUGCACAGAUUAAACGAUAAGGACGUGGACGAGUACUACCCGAGGAAGCAGCACCAUCCCGACUUUGGCGGGCGCGGUCCGACCCACAUGGUGAAGCUGAUGGCGGAUCCCCAGCAGCACCAGCAGCACCACCACCACCACCAGCAGCAGCAGCAGCCGCAGCAGCAGCAGCAGCAGCGGCAGCGCCCGCGCCGGGUCCAGAGGGCCAUGUCCCAGGACCACGUCCUGUCCCCGCCCAGGACGCCACGCCGCGGGGACUACGGCCUGUCUUCGUACGGCGUCAUGGCGGCCGCCGCGUACAGCAGCAGCCGCCACCUUUCGGACGAGCAGCUGCUGUCGGCGGACCGCCUCCACUCCCAGGACCCCCUGCUGUCCCCGGCGAUGCGGCGCGACAAGUUCCGGGAGAAGGCGAUGGCGCGGGCCAUGUCGCACGCCGACAUGCUGCAGCCGGUCACGCCCGUCAUGGACCGCCACAAGAUGACCAAGAUGCACUCUCAGCCCACCGCCUCCAACGACUCCUACAACACGCUGACGGUCGGCCACCCGGCGACCGCCUCCAAGAGGCAGGCGUUCGCCUCCCGACGGACGCACACGGUGGACCAGCUGCAGCACAUCCCCGGCCACCACCACACGUACCGCACUGCCAGCAAGAACGAGGUGACUGUCUGAGUCUGCCGCUCCCACGAGACACGGCCGCGACGUUGGCGAGGAAUCUCCCACCCCCCCCCCCCCCCCCGAGAAGAUUCCUUCCGCCCUUGCGUCGAAUACAAACUCCUACGUUAAAAAAAUGAAAUUAAUAAUAAUAAUUUUAAAAAAAGAACUCCUGCUUUUUAGCACAAGCUUCCCGUGUCAUCGAGAAUGAACCCCGGCAAAGACUUCUCUCUCUUAGAGCAUCAUAAGGGCUUUGCGCGUUGACACAAAGACGGAUCCUUCACGACGUUUCACAGCCUUUUUUUAAAAACUCGACAUGGGACUGGCAGGGAAUUGUAUCAACUUUAUAAAUAUAUAAAUAUACUAUAUUUACUAUUUGUAUUUUCAGUCCUUGUUAUAGCUUUAGAGAUUAACUGAUGUAAGCACUUCAAGAGGUGCCCCUUAAAAUGACCACAUUUCAGCGAUGAAGUGGUGUUUGUGGGUUAAAAAGCACAAUUAAUGAAUUCCCUUCUUUUGUUUGGUUUCUUUUACUCUUCUUUCUUUGGUAAACGGCCAGAGCAUAUCCGCUUAUUAGUGAAAACAGAGGUUUUUUCUGUUGCAUACAAUAGAAGAAUGUAAAUAGGCUAAACUAGCAGCACUAAAAAAAGGAAAGCUGGCCUUCUUUGUCAUUAUCGUUUUCGUUCGGUUUUCUCCCACCUGGAAUCCAUCCCGGGUUCCCAAUUAAUUAUUUCAAUUUUAGAUAAGUCGAAAACUGAAUGAAUAUUUUUCCACAGAUGUCGGCAAAAUAUGCGGAUGUAUCAUGUAUAUGGGGAGUAUUUUCUGUUCUUACUGUGCUUGUAGCAUAGAACGAUGAUGUGUAUGAUGUGUUGCUCCACGGGAAGAGAGCUGCCGAAGCUCCGGGGACGGAUGUCUGGCUAGUUAGCUGGUGGCUGGCUAAUUAGCUAGUUAGCUAGUUAGCAUCAGGAAGAGGGGCAGAGGAAAUGUUGGACCCAGUGUGUUGUACGUGAAGUUUUGCUUUGGGAGCAAGCCGGAAUAGGCAGGUAGCUGAAUAGGCAGCCUAAACCCACCAUGCUUUAACGCUACUCUGGUUACAAAACAUACGAUGGACAAAGUUGUCCCCGAUCUGGCGACAGCGAUGUGCUGUCCUGUACGGAUGAAGCAUUAAGUUGUUAAGUGCGCCUCAUUUAUUGUUGCAAAACAUCACCUCAGUGAGUCUGCGACAUCCCUCAAGUCAGUUUAAUUCAUACAAAAGCUUUUUGCGAAUGGCAUUAAAAAUGGCCGCCGCCCACACUGCCACGGCUGCGGUCAAAAGAAUGUCUGUUCUACUUUAAUUCCAUUUCUACAGAAACCUUUUUUACCACAGCCAACCGGCAGCUUGUGGAGCCCGAUAACAGUUGUUUAAAUUCGCUUAAUUUCCGUCUCCAACAUUUCCUUGCUGGGUCGCCCCCCCCCCCCCCCC